AUCGCGAAGGACUGGGUGCGAGUAAUACUUUUAGCGCGGAAUCCAAACAAGAUGGCGCCCAAGAAGAAAACAAAGCGAGCGAAACCAAACAUUGCAAGCGAAGAAGGCCUGCUGUACGAUCUAGAGCGGCUACAGCAACGCGAAGAAAGAAUCAAGAAACAUCAAGAACUGGAAACGACAGAAGAACAAGAAAUAUCUGAGCUAAAAAAGAAAGUUCAGCAAUUAAGAAAGAAAAGAGAUAAAUUGCUUCAACAAAAAGAGGAAGGAUGCGGGAAGGUGUUGCAAGAAUACAUCGGCAUGACUAAAUCUGAAGGUGUGGCUGCUGCUAAUUCAUCAGUAAACAAGGAAGAUGUUUUAAAUGCAGCAACAACUUUAAUGAUUAGAAAGCUUGCAGAUCUAUGCGAGCUUUACAGACUAACAGGAUUGUCAAUAGCUUCUAAAGAAAACAACAGAAUUUGCUUCCGAUUAGAUACGUUCUUCAAAUGUCAGUACCAUGAGCCUUAUUAUGUUGAGAUUCAAGCAAACCCAAACCUAAAGAUAAUCAAGCACUCUCUCCCAUACUUUAUCCCACUAGAUAAAGUUGCUGGGGAAUAUUUAAACACCAACAUUCAGAAGUUCUUCUCUGAGCUUGGGAUUUAUUUGAAUGCACUUGUGUCCAGGAGAGAGCAGAUGAAUCUUCUCUGGAGUGAGCACAGCUCAAAGCUAGAUGGUGACGUUACCAACAGUCCUGCUUAUGACUUGAUUCAAUUCACCUUGAGGAUUUCAAAUGGUCAAGAAAAGGAAUCAAGUAUCUCCAUAAAACUAUGCUAUGAUGACUUCAAGUGUACCUUACCCAGUUCUGUUAGCUAUCAUGUAAAACAAGAGGAGCCACCUGUCCAGCUUGAUGUGGAAAUAUUCAAGACAAAGUACAUUCACAGAGCAGUACGUGAUCUAGUACCAGAAGAUUCAAAUGAGUAAUUAAGUCUGGCUUAAUUUUGUAACAAGGUGAAACAAGGUAAUUAGAUGAUAGAAUAGGGAGAAAAACAAUAUUAUAUAAAUUCACUCAUCAGUGCUUGAAUAGGGCACAAGCAGUUCUUAUUCUUAGAGCUAAGGGAAGAGUCAUUAUUUAACGGGGAGGGGGAGAGCUGAUUUGUUUGGGGGGAGGGUUGCGGUUUUUUGAGCAUCGAUUUGGGGGAGGGCCUCAAAUUUCCAUACAGGGUUGAGGGGAGGGCCUUAUUUUUUGAACAGGUUUUCUGAUCAAUUUCCGAGCCUCCGAAAAGUAUGGAAUUUCAAUUUUUUUUUCUGGGGAGAACCCUAGACCACCUAAAAAAUAAAUAAACAAAUGUAAUGCAGCUGCACACGUUCAUGUUUCACUGGCGUUGAAAACCCCUAAAGUGUGGCUUCUACUUUUUUUUUUUUAUCUUUUGCAGUUUUGGUUUAAUUAAUUUCAAUCACUGAAUUUGCGAAUUUCAAAUUCAUGUCAAAGCUUUCCCCCCCCCCUACCCUAUAACUCAUACUCAAGAGAGAAAACCCCUGUUUCACCAAAAAAAAGUAUUUAACAAAAAAACUGCUCAGGUCUUGCGCCAAAAUCGCUUCAGCUGCAUAGCCAGGAUUUUAAAUUAAUGCUUUCAAGGCAUUUUCUCCUGUGUUUCAGAUAAUGCCUCAUACAUUUACUGUAUUUUUUACUGCUAGAAGGGGGGAGGGGAUGGGCCCCCUUGGCCACCCCCCCCCCACCCCCCGGCUAUGCCCCUGCACUUUCCCACUAAAGUCUACCUUACCACAGGCUACCCAGGGCUACUGUCUAUAGGCCCUAUAUCUUGUUUGUUUGUUUAUAAAAUAUUUUUCAUCUAUAUAAAUUUCCCAUGCAUUCCUUUAUAGAACCACUUACAGUAGCCUUCAGCUGCCUGUGAUCUAACUCUAAUCUAAUUUAACUCCUUCUCUAUCUAGGAAUUUUGCCAAAAGAGUACUAACUUAAGUAAUGCUUAUUUGGAAGUGUAGAAAUAUUCUAAAAUCUUACAAUACUUUUGGCGCUUACAUCCUUUUGAGUUUACCUUCUUUUCUAAAAUUAAUGUUGAUCCCCCAAAAAUAUGUGAAUAUCAUGAAAUAUCACACUGGCGUGCGAAGGAAUAUCAAAGGCCUCCGACCGACUUUUUCAAAGAACGCCGCACCUUUAUUAUGCCCUCAAGGGCCAUUUAGGAGCCGCGGCCUUUAUAAUGGUAAUUUAGCUCGUAUGCCAGUCAAAACAAAAUGGUCAAAUAGCUGUCAUAACCAGCCAAUCAGAGCAAAACAAGCCAAACACAAAGGACACAAAGCGUCAGUCUAUUCUUUUUAGCACGUGUGACAUCACAGACUUUAAUUCCGAGCCAAAUGAAAGGGUCGACCAUAAAAACAGCAUUUGAGAAUGUCGGAGCCAGAAAACACGCAAAGCGAUGAGGCUUUUAAGACCUCAACAAAUGAGAAAUUAGACAAAGAAAAUAGCGCUAAGACUACA